CUUGAAUGUUAUAGUGACUAAUUAAGUCGAUAAAACAUGUUUUUUUGUUCCAUGGAGUAUUACAGUUGUAAAUGAACUACAUUUUCCAGUUGACUUGACUUUGCUACCAGAAUAAUAUACAGUGAGAAACAUUUUUUCAUACAAAUAGACAUAACAGAACUUUACAUUCUGCGUCAAAUUAUUCUGACUUACGCUGGUGGGGUGGACGAGAGGAAGUGGCAAGAGGGAGAGUGGGAUGAAAAUCACCACGAUCAGAUUCCUCGCCCUCCACAGCUUCCUAAACAGAUCCAUCCUGGCUGCAGCCUCCAGCCUCAUGGAUGACCCUGGGCUCUGGACUCAACAGAACCGGCACCGUCACCAAAGGAGGGGGGGAGGUGAAUAGGAGUCUCCAGUCAGCACCGAACCGAAGCUAAAGCAAGAUUUGUCUCACUUUUACACAUGAGUGAGGUGGUCGAGUGUAUUUGGGUGACAAACGUCUUCUCCUGGUUCCUGUCUGAAGCGGCAGGUCACAUCAUGAGCGGGAAUUUCCCAAAAGGAAGCAAAAGGAUGCGAGCAGUGACGAGGUCAACGAGCCUGACCUUGACGCUGUGAACUUGUCACUCAUCCUUUCAUCACUAUGCUUCCAAAAGUUGCUCCUCAAGGCUCAGGCGUCUACUGGGUGCUUGCGAGCGCAUUACUAUGCGCGUCGGUUCUAGCCCAAACCUCUGAACCUGGCCCGGAGGACUUUCGGAACACCACCGCCGUGCCCACGGGGGAGUGGUUCAGCAGCACGGUCCCGCUGCAGCCGGACCUACUGACGGAAGGUCGGGUCACGACGGAGUUGGAGACGCAAACGCCGACAAGCAACUACUCAGGCCUGUCGUGCACACCUGUUCUUCCCCCACGGAGGGGCUCCUUCUACGUGGAAAGCGGCACCGGGGUGUCUGUGGGCAGUGUCUUAGCCUUCUGGUGUCGAGGCGGCUACCAGCUAGUGGGCAGCGAUAAAAUCUACUGCAAUGUCCGCAACGGAAAAGCUCAGUGGAGCAACUACCUGCCCGUGUGUGAAGCAAUCCCUCGGCCAGAGGACCGCGGGUUAAGAGUGGCGGUCUUAGCGUCGGUGGUUAGCGGAGUCGUCAUCCUCGCCAUGUCGUUGGCUUUCCUCGUUUGCUGCUUGCAGGAAAGAUCCAGCAAGAAAAAAGCCAAAAAAGACGUUCGGAUCCGGGGAAAGCGGUCGGCCCGACGCGGCGAGCGAUGGCUGGACAGGGAGGAAGGAGAGUGGGAGGCAUUCCCUCCACCGAAGAUUUUCCAUUUGUCGCAAAGGAUGAACCCUCGGCUAGCGCCAGAUAGCCCCCUCUACCUGACGGGAGGUCUCGGCGGAUAUGAAAACAGAGGAUAUCAGAGGAGUCAGGAGAGUCUCCUAAAAGCCACGCCUCCUGGAGUCUACCGCUCCGAGUCCCAACUCUACCCGCACGUGGUCCUCCAGCGGGUCCUUCCCCCGACGGCCCCCUCGGCGCCAUCGGCCCCGUCCGCUCCUUCGGCCCCGCUCUACCUCCACCUCCCGGCCCCCUCUUCCUCCUCUUCUUCCACUCCGGCCCACUCCCAAGCUCCCCUCAUUGGUCAGUACCCCGCUCCGACGUACCCGCCCAACCCCAACGCGUCAUUUCAUCAUCCCGUCCCAGCCCCCAUCUACCCUAACCCCAACCCGAGGCCGCAACAGCCAUGGCAGUGAGCUCCUUCCUCAAAAGUGCACGCAAGCUGGACUUGUCCUCAACAGAAAGUCAAGCGGGAUUUUGCUUCCGGUUGGGAAGACGGCAGAUUCCGUCUGUAGGCAGCUUGAAUCUCAUGACUUCCAAAGCAUGGAUUCUUCCAUUUGUUCAUGUGCAACUUCCUAUCUUUUUUUUAUAUUUGACCCUGAUUUACUUACCGUAGCUAAAAGCAAUUUAAUUUUCACUCUUCUAAUAGGUUGGAUACAUUUUAGUGAACAUGUACAAAGUGUAAAAAAUGUUUCUUAAAUUUUAAGGAUGGGCUGUAAAAGCAUUGGAAACUGCACUGAAGAAUGGCAGUGCAAUAAUGCAAUAAUGGCUAUUUCGGUAGUUUUGAUUUCCUUGUAUCACAAAGGCUAUAAAACGGAUGUUUUAGGCAGUAACUUUCUUUUUUAAUACUAGCACUAAAGUAGCCACACGAUUGAAUUUGCACUUUUAUGUCGGAAGAGAUUGUCUGUUUUUGAUUACGUGGUUCUACUGUAUUAUAACGUGGGUGUGCAAUAAAAAGAUUUUUCCUGAGUUGAACAAUGUACAUCCUUUUUAGUAAAUACUCAGAAUCAAACAACAACAAUAAAACAAUCCAAACCAGACAGAAAAAGCUUGAUUUGCAUGCAGGGCGAUCUUUUUUUUAUAUAUUUUAAAUGUCAAAUGAUAACAGAGACCGCAAGCCCUGACUUCAGUGACAAUGGAAAUGAGUUAAAAUAAUAACAUACCUCUUUGCAUUUGAGGCAAAGAAACAACAUCACACCUGCUCGUUUGUUUUCAGGCAUCUGGCGGCCAUUUCGGGAAAGUGCUUUAAUGAGAAGCGAACUAGAUUCACGUUUUAGU